AUGGUCAUGGAGUCCGAGCCACAGCCUGGUAAUGGUCAUGAACCUCACAAUACCACAAGUCAGCAACAAAAACACCAGUGUGAUGACCAAACACCGAGUAGUGCUGAUGAAGCAGAGCUUCUAUGGAACCUGAGGAAGUACUUGAUCCUGCUGGCAACUUUAUCAACCACUAUCACCUACCAGGCGGGGCUGGCACAACCGGGUGGUCUCUGGGCAGAUAACCAGCAAGGCUACCUUGCCAGUGACGUUGUCAUGUUUCUUAGCCGCACCAAGCGGUACAGGAUGUUCUUCUACUGCAACACAACAGCAUUCAUUAUAUCACUCAUUGUUCUGAUCCUGGUCCUGGUCAGGGAGCUGAGAUGGAAUGCAAUUUGGCUCCGUUCGCUGCAGUUUGCGCUGCUGCUUGACCUGCUCGGGCUUGUGGGGGCCUAUGCUGCCGGGAACCGCAGGGAGGUCAGAACAUCCAUUUAUAUCUGGGUAAUUCUUGUUGGCAUCGUCACAUAUGUCGGGCUUCAUGUAGUAUUCUUCCGCCAUCUAGCUCCUGAAUGGCUUGGAGAAAUAUUCAGGGACAUCCAGAGGUUCUGGGAGGAUUCUAUAGCACACAUUUUCAACAGAAGGCACAACAUAAAACAUGAGCUAGAUGCUCCUAUCCAAGAUGAAAAGGAGUCACUGGAGAAGAAUCACGGUUUCUUUCUGGUUGCAGCUACAUUGGCAGCAACAAAGACAUAUACUGCAGGGUUAAGUCCACCAGGUGGCAGAUCUUACUGGUAUGAUAACAAUGGUAGCCACAUUGCUGGCGACCUGGUGCUUCGAGACAAAUACCCCCUCGGCUUCAACGCGUUUAUGUUCUUCAAUAAAACUGCCUUUUCUGGUUCCUUUGUCAUCAACAUCAUGCUUCUCAGUAAAACGGGAGUGAAUUACAUUGCCAUGUCAAAUGUACUUCGGUUGUGGAUUCUGAUCAGCCUUAUGGCUACUUAUGCCGUAGGGAGUCGCAGGAAAAUCCAUACAUCUAUCUUUGUGUUCUCACUUUUCGGUGCAGUCCUGCUCUACCUCAUCAUUCAAUGGGUUGCUCGUAUAAUGCCUAAGCCAGAAUUUAUCAGGAAGUGCAUCAAGUGGAUGGAAGGAGAGCAGAAAAAGCUAGUCUUGAAGCUAAACUCCUUUAUGGAUAGUUGUAGCAGAUCCAAUGGGCGGGUGCCACGAUUACAGUAUGAUGGACAACAUUCAUGCAGAAAUGGCGCAUCAAGCACUGUUAAUAAUGUGAAAGAUGACUUGGGGAAGUUGCAGACAUACCUUUUAUGGUUUGCCAUCCUUGCUGCGACUAUUACAUACCAAGCUGGGUUGCAUCCCCCCGGUGGGUUUUGGCCACGCAGUCGAGAUCCAAUUCUCGAGGCCAUCAAUCCCAUUCGGUACAAAGCAUUCUACUACUGCAACGCCACUGCAUUUGUGUCAUCAUUGGUUAUCAUCAUGCUACUCCAGAGCCAGCUGAUCACCAUAGGCGCCAUGAAACGACAUGUGCUGCAGAUAGCCAUGGGUUUUGAUCUCUUCAGUAUAAUGGGGGCAUAUGCUGCUGGGAGCAGCCGGACUUUAUCCACACAAAUGUAUGUGAUAAUCUUAGUCAUCCUUGUUCAUAUUGUGCUAUUUGUGGACGCAAGAGUUCCUGAUGGAUCAGCUCAGCAGCAAGAUGAUAACGCUGAAGCAAAACGUUUGCAGAAGCGGCACAAGUUUCUAAUGCUGCUCGCAGUUCUGGCAACAUCCAGCACAUAUCAAGCCGGCAUAAGCCCACCAGGUGGCUUCUGGACUGACAACAGGGAUGGCCACCAGGCAGGUCACCCAUUGUUCAGCGAUGCGUUUCCACGCCGUUACAAGGCUUUCAUCUACUUCAAUUCCACUGCUUUCAUGGCAUCAUUGGUUUUAAUUGUGUUGCUUGUUAGCAGAAGGCUGUGUCACAGGGGACUGCGGGGAUACACACUGCAUGCAUGCGUGCUACUAGAUCUGAUCAGUCUCAUGGGUGCUUUUGUCGCUGGAAGCUGCAGAACAGUGUCGGCAUCGGUUUAUGUCAUCCUGAUCUCGGCUGUUGUUUUUGCCUGUAUCAUGAUUCAGGUUCUACUACUGAAAUUUACAAAAGAUAUGGUAAUUGACUUCUUUGACUGGAUGUUUCACAUCACUGCUUUCAAGCGUCUGAAUUUACCCAAGAAUUGUGGUGGAAGCAUCAAAGGGAACAAGAAAACUAGCCAAAAAUGGCGUGAAGAUUUGAUGCUGAUUGGAGCUUCCGCAGUGUCUUUUGCUUACCAAGCUGGGCUCCUUCCUCCAGGUUUCCUUUGGGUUGCUGACUGCGAUGGAUAUUUCACACGUGAUCUAACCAUCUAUGAUACCCAUCCGGUGCAGUAUAAGGUAUUCUUCUACUGCAAUGCCACAGUGUUCAUGGCAUCGACGGUCGUAGUCAUCCUUCUGCUGAACACCACAAUGAGGAAGUACAAGGGAUAUGCCCUUGCCAUGAAAACAGCAAUGAUGAUGGGCUUGCUUGGUCUGCUCGGGGCGUAUGCUGCAGGCAGCUGCAGGACCUGA